AUGGCCUCUAACGUCGAAAAAUCCAUUGCCAACCCUGGAGAGGGCCUAGGCGACCCUUCCAUGAAGCGUAAGGAAUCGCCUACCGCUGCCCUACAGGGCAAAGAGAAAGUUGUUAAAAAAAAAGAAGGACCGGGUGGACCGUCCUUAGAUGUGCAGACCUGGAAGAACAAUGUUGUGUUGCCGCGUCUUCCGAAAGAAGCGACGGAUCGCUGGAACUAUCGGAAGAGCUGUCCCGACGACAUCCCAUUCCUUGAGAACAGUUGGUGGCCGGGCCUCCAAGCAGAAAUACUCACGUUAGCUAAUUACGCAUUGCCUGAGAUCAUCUCAUGGGACUAUGUCAACGACCUGGGCGAAAAGUCACUAUCCACUUGGUUUCCUCUCGCAAAGGACUACAUUGACCUUUGCGAGGCGCGCGAGCGUGAAGAUGGAUCAUCUUGCAUCUAUGCAGCUUGGGUCUGGCAUAUACUUUUGGACUGCAUUUUCUCGCCAUCUAGUAAGAGAUGGUUCGGUGAUGACUGGACAAGUUUCGGUCGAUUCCACUCCAAAUUCAAAGCGCACGUCGAUUCAAUUGACAACGAGUUCACCUUGUCCUUCUACGCGUGGAGGAGUGAGUCGGUGCGAUUAUUGUACGCGUUCAAUGGGGACCAUGUUGACCGUGAGUUGGUCAAGAAAACUCUAUGGGACCAUCUGCGACCCUCUUUUGUUGCCAGAGGCGCAGACGCUGGCAUUAUCGAGGAGAAACUGUCGCGUAUUAUCACCCUGGCUAUUCUUAUAGAUCGCCAAAUGCUGGCAUCCAGAUGGGAUUACAGGAUCGAGAUGAGCGAUCCCUCAUCGGACCAGAACCAGAAGAGCGGUUUCACUUUCACUACUGACGAAACCGUUAUGAAGGCUGAUGGCGCUUUCCAGGAGAUAGGACCCGCUGAAGAUGGCCACCGUGUCGAUUUUGUGUCUGUCCCCAGCCUGCGAGUACUGGGCGAACCAGCCGUGAGCCCCGAUGGUAAUCCUUACAUGAAGUUUUUGCACUACAGGUUGGUCAAAUAUUACCACUUGUCCAGACUCCAUAUCCCAAUGCAGGUAGUGACGAACCAGCUAUCUGAGAAUGCGCCCCAGAGAGAGGAGGCAAAGGAGGCAGAAUAG